GUGAAGCAACCAAAUAUGCAACACUAACUGCUACCACCAACUGUAAAAUUUGGGCAACAAAGCUGCAUAAAAAGGAAGCCAGAGUGUCAGAGUAUCAGUGCUCCACGAGGACAGUUCAUCGGGUUCAUUCAGAGACUUGUGUGCAGAGACAUUGUGAAAACAUGAAGACUGUGAUUCUUGCUCUUCUUGUAUUAGUGGCUGUCAGCCAGAGUGAAGCGUUGAAGUGUAACUGUGGAGGCCUGCGGAGAUGUCCAACCCGUGUGGAGACCUGCUGGGGUUCCAACAAAGUCUGUGCCAGCGUCAUCAUUUAUGCUGGAUCCACCACCAGGUACUUCAAGGGUUGCAUGGGAUCACGUGAGUGCAUGCUGAUGAACCGUCCAGGUGUAUCAAGUGCCAGAUGCUGCAGCAGAGAUCGGUGCAACUGAAUGUCAUCAUCAUAAUAUUCUGUUGUCAUGUAGUGUCUGUUCUGGUAUUUUCACAAUAAAGUGCAGACGUGUUUCAAAUGUU